AUGAGAGUAAGAAGGACUUUCGACUCUUCAGAUGCCACUUGGGUUUUUUUGCACAGUAUCUUUAUUAAUUUAUUAAUUUCCAAUCGGCAGAAUGAUAAAGAUGCUAAAAUUUUUUCAGAAUAUGGUAACGAUAAGAAUCAAUACGAAUAUUAUAAGAACGACGUCUACGAUGGUGGCUUAAAUUAUUAUAACCCAUCAAAUGAAAAAUCCUACGAUGAUGCAGAUUCCGAAGAUAACGAAAUCGAUGAAAAUAACGAAGAAUAUGAUUUAAACGAUUUAAAUAAUCUCGAAGAAGGUGAUUAUUCUGACGAUUAUAAUUAUAAAGAUUCCCAUUAUGAAGAAAAUUAUGAUGAUUACAAAGAAAAUUACGAUUAUAAAGAUGAUUACAAAGAAAAUUACGAUUAUAAAGAUGAUUACAAAGAAGAUUACAACAAAAAUAAAACUCAAUUAACAACGAAUUUAAACAACAUUGAUAAAUUAAGAGAUGAAGUUGAACCGGCUUUAAUCGAAUGGUACAAAUUAUUAGAAGUGGAAGAUGUCCCAGCAGAUUUAAACACCUACACAAACUACAUAAUAAGUUAUCUCUUAAACGAAACGAUCCCGAUUAAUUUGAAUUCAAAAACUUUAAUCGAUUUAUUAAACGUUUUACUUUUCGACUUAAUCGAUCAAAAUUAUCGAACCAAAAUUAACACGCUUCAAUUUACGAUCGGGCAAGAGUCGAAAAAUGUUAAUAACAAAUUAAAAUCGAUGCGUGUGAUGUGUUAUUACCUCGAUCAAUGUUUGAGGAGUUUGCACGAAAACGUUUAUAAUAACUUUUUAGAGGACGAUUCGGUUUUUGGGUUAAUAAUAAACGUUUUAGAAGGAGACGAUUGCUCAAGAAUCGAUUGUCCCCAUAAAAUCGACGUUUCAUCGUUAGAAAAAAAGAAAUUUUUAAAAAUAAUGCAAGAUAAAUACUCGGUUUUAUCAAAAAGAACCAAAACCUUUUUCCACAUCGCGUUAGAUCUCGAGAUAAUUUCAGAUUUUUUCCGAUCAACACAAUCAGAAAACGUUUUCCCCGAUAAAUUAGUUUAUUUUAAAGAUCGAAACGACAUCCACGUUAAAGCGUUACAAAUUUUAAUCCAAUCCCAAAACGAGCACGUUCCAUUCGAGAUUAAAAUGAGCACCCAAAAUUUAUUAGAAUACUAUUUAGAUAAAGAAUCCCCGAAAUACUUACACUCACUAAAUUUAAUUCAAAUCGGGGCAAUUUUAAAAACGAAAACCUCCGAAAUCCGGAUACAACGCUAUUUGAGUCGGAUAAUCAAAGAAAUUGAGAGAAAACAGAAUGUUUUAUCGCAAAAUUUAUUAAUGCAUUCGUUGGAGUGUGUUAGUUUCGAGGUGUGUAUUAAUAAUCUUGAAGAUGAGAUGUUGAAGGUGCCCCAAAAGAAAUAUUCAGAGUUAAUAAUGAAGUUGUUGUAUCCACCGAUGUGUACGCUUCAAAAAUGUUUUUGGUUAGAUUGUUUAAAAUCGACUAAAAUUAACGGGAUUAUUAAAAAAAUUGAUGAUGAAUUCGAUCGGUUAUUAAAACUCGAUAAAACUUUACCGCUUUGUAUUCGUUUAGAUCUCGAAGUUAUUAGAGAUUUUAUUUCGUUAAAACAAAUUAGGAUUUAUUUGAAUCGAUUCGAACCGGAUCCAACUCAAAAUAUAAUUGUGUCGUUUAUGCUUAGCGUCCCGGAGGAGGUUUUAUUAUCCCAUGGGGUUUAUCAAAGCACGUUGAAUUUUAAAUAUUUCAUCGACAGUUUAAGAAAGCAUCUACCUAAAACGAUAACUCCAAAAGCCGUUGAUAAAUUAGUGGAUCAUUUACUCGAAGCCACGAAUGAUGAAACAGCUAAAUCCGAUAUUUCAGAAUUAAGAACAUCGUUAUCACAAAUUAACAUCCACGAAACAAUUAAUAAUUUAGAAAAUGUUAAUUGUGUUAACAUCCCGAAAUGCGGCGAAAGUCUUUUUAUGGAGUUAAAAAGUAAUUUAAACGAAAACGAUGGGGAGACAACUUUAUUAGAUGUUAUUUUCCCCCCGAGUUGUGUUAAAGCGAAAUGCAUUUGGUAUCCUUUAAUCGAUUAUAUCCCGAUUAGUUUAAUAAUACAAUCACAAAAUUAUUUAGACGAAUUAAUUAAACAACCGAAUGUUCCUGUUAUUGUGAUUUUAAAAGUGAAACACAUCGUUAGUAAAUUAAGGAUUGAAAGGAUUAAAGAGGUCGCUCAUUUAAUUACGACGCAUAAUUUGAUUAAUUCAACUGAUUCUAAAAGUGUUAUUAAACAGUUAUUGGACGAGGUUGCUAAAUUAAACGAAACGGACCCCGAGACUAAAGAGAUGUAUAAAGAAGUCGGGGGUUAUCUAGAAAAUGAUGUUAAUAUCCCGAAGAUAUUUUUAUCGGACGAUGUUAUUUCUUUGCUGGAUUAUAUUUAUGUUUUAAAGAAGAAUUCGAAGAAAAUCGUAGCGGAUAUUAUAAGACAAAUCCAUAUAAUAAGGACUUAUAAGAAACAAAUCGACGUGAUUUUAAAAAAAUGCUCGAUUCGUUGCAUAAAAUUAGGGGCUUGCUGCAAAGAAGUCGUUAAAUGUGGCAAAAAAAUUAAAGAUCCUUACUCGCAUUAUUUAAUAUCACUUUUUGAAAGCGUAAAUGACAACGAUCUUUUAAACCCCGACGUUGAGACAUCCCCCGAAGUAUUUUUACCCAUCAACGAAAUGAUUUUCUUUUUUAAACGAGAAAAAGGCUUCGAUUACGUCCAUUUAGACCUCAACGACGAAGAAACCUUAAAAAUUAUAACCAAUUAUAACUUUAACCCCAACGCGAAGCAUUUAUUUUAUUUCGAAAGUGGAAAUGAUAACAUCAUGAUGGAUUUAGAGGACGAAAAGUUUCGGGAUAUCAUCAAAAAUUACGAUACAAAUAAAAGAAUCGUCGAUGUAUCUUAUGUAACGACGUUAAUUAUUUUUAUUCCUACGAAAUUCCAAAGGAUGGAAGCUUUAAAGUUCGAUUUUAACAAAGAGGACACUUGGAUUAUUUUGCGGGAUUUAUCAAAGCGCUCGAUUGAGCACCCAGAAAAACCUUUAGUGGAGUUUAGGGAUAUUAAUAAAAAAAGUUAUAAACUUUAUAUUGAUUUAAACGCUUAUGAGGAUGUUUUUGAGAUAUUAAAAGCUUCGAUUGAUGUGGUUUCCCCUAAAGAUUAUAUUUAUGUGUUACCAUUCCCUAGUGUUGUUGGGGCACCUUGGUAUUCAGUUAUUUUUGGGGAAAAAUCAUUUUUAAUUUGGAAAGUCCUCAAUGAGUUUAGCACGAAAGAGUGCUUAAAUAAGCCAACCCCUGUUGCGACGAAACCCGGGGGUUUUUUAAAAAUAUCAUUCACUGUAAGCUCGGAGGGUAAUAUUAAAUCAUUAAUGGGGAUUAAAAGAACUUAUCCAUUAAUAGAUCCUUAUGUUAACGAAACCCGGCAUGUUUUUUAUUGCGAAAACUUAGUCACGGGGAAAAUCACCGUUUUAGAAUUCGAUUUGCGCGACCAAAUCGCGCUCCAAUUAAUAAAAAGGAUGUCGAACGCGUGGGAGAAGAACCGAAACAUCACCGAUAACCGAGCCACGGUUUAUGUUAAAAAUCAAAGGGGUAAAUACAUUUACCUCUAUUUAAACUUCGACGACAUGGACCCCCAAUUAAUCAAGCACAUCGCACAAGAUAAAAUAAAAGUCGAAGAAUACAACGAUUACAAAAACGUAUCUUACAUAAUCGUAGCCCCAAAAUCCCCCGGCUCAAAAUUCUUCACCAUAUUAUUACCCGAAAUCAAAGAAGUUUCGAACGAGCUAAAAAAAAUCGGGGAAAAUCCCAACUUAAAGGGGCCAUACUCAAUAAUAAAUGUGCCGAUUGAGCCGGCUCAACCCCUCUUUAUCAACUUUAACGACCCAUUAACUAAGCGACUUUUAUGGGCGGAAGCUUCAAAACCCUUUUUACAACCGAUUUCGCCCACAUCAUUAACAACCCCCGAUAACAAAACGAUAAUUGCGAUGAUAAUCCCGAAUCGGGGUGACCCAAAAAACCCGAUGCAACCGAUUCUAUUCGACGACAAACCCAGCAUUUAUAAAAAAAUAAAACAUCUUAACGAACCCAACAACACCAACGCGGUUACAAUCCCUUUUAAAUCCGGGGAACCCCUAAAAAUCAACAUUUUUAACCCAAAGGUUGCAAAAAUUUUAACGAAACUCCCCGAACCCGAUCUUAACCCCGAUAAAGUCAUAAUAACCGAUUUUAAUAAAAUCGCCCCAAUCGACUCUUUCAGAUCAUUUUAUGGGGUACAAUCUUUAAGUACCAUCCCAAUUUACGAAGAUGAAACUAAAAAGUUAUUAUAUAUCCGAGGUACGGAUCAAAAAGUUUUCGAUAAAAUCGUAAAUAUUUGUCAAGGAACUCAUAAAAAUUCAGCGACGAUUUUUAUAACCCGCCCUGAUAGAGAACGCGACGAAAUUUAUUGCAAAUUAGAUAACCCCCACGUAAUUCAAGCAUUAAAAGAUGUCUCGUCAAAAAUCGAAAUCCUCCCCGAUCCGGGAACCGUUUUUCUCGUCGUUUUAACCGACGAAAUCGGGCAAUUAAAACACCAUUUAAUCCAUAUAGGACCGAAGGAUAUGAUGAAAAAUAUGGAGAAAAUUACGAUGAAUGUGCGAGAAGAUUCCGCGACGAAAAACGCGAUUUAUUACAGCGAUUUAAAUCGGGAGGCGAAAACUUUUUUGAUGGAUUAUGAUUAUUAUAAUGGUUAUAUCGAAGAUGAUUAUGCUCCGAGUUUAAUCGAAAUGGUUGAUAAAACUAGCUCGGAUUUAGCCCCAACUAAAUUAAUUAACCCGAAAGGAGGGUUACCUUUAAUUUGUUUUUACAUCAUGACAUCCCCCGAUGAUUUUAUUAACAUCCCGGAACCCCCAAAAGAAAUUAUUAACGAAAAAAAACCAACGAUUCAUCCCGAUGAUUUAUGGAAUUCUUUUACAACACCCAGCUUUUUAGAAUCAACAAAAGAAUACGAUUAUUAUUUAAUUAACGAGGAUUAUAACAAGAAAGAAAUCGAGGAUUAUUUCGAUUUCGAUCAAUAUAAUUACGAGUAUAACUAUCAAGAUGAUCAAAAAAAAGAAUUCGAUGAUAAUUAUUUUAUUGUUAGCACCGUCGAUCCGGAGGAACAUCUUAAAUUUUUUACAACACCCAAAGUUUAUGAAAAAAACAAUGAAGAGGUUGCCACUCAAUCUUUUCAGUUUAAUACGGAUGGUGAACUUUUUACCACUUCGAUUCCAACCGAGUCAACAACUCAUUAUGUUUAUUAUUUUGAGCAUAUUGAUGAUUAUAAUGUACCAAACGAAUCAUAUUAUGAUUAUGUUAAUAAAAAUGAAGAUUUUGAGGAAAGUGGUGAUUAUAAUGUACCAAAUGAAUCAUAUAAUAAUUAUAUUAAUCAAAAUGAGGAUUUUGAGGAAAGUGGUGAUUAUAUUGAAUCAUAUUAUGAUGAUAAAAAUGAAGAUUUUGAAGAAAGUGGUGAUUAUAAUGAUAAUUAUUAUGAUUAUGGUGAUUCUGAUGAUUAUAAUGUACCAAAUGAGGAUGAAGAUUAUGAAGAAAAUGGUGAUUAUGAAGAUUAUAAUAAAAAUUAUGAUUAUGAUCUUGAAAAAAAUAAAGAGGGUAUAACUGAAAAUCGUGAAAAUACUAAAAAUGCAAACGAACCUGAAACUUUAUAUAUAGAAUAUGGUGGUGAAUAUGCUUAUAAUGAAGAAAAAAAGUACUCUCAUGUUUAUACAAAAAGUGAAAAAACGAAUUAUGAAGAUGAUUAUUAUGAAGGAAGUGAUUAUUAUGAAGGGGAAAGUUAUUAUUUUGAAGAAAAUACGAUUUAUAAUAAAAGUUAUCAUUAUGAAACAACUUAUCAAGAUUAUGAUUAUUAUGAAGGUGAUUACUAUGAAGAUGAUUAUUAUGAAGAUGAUUACUAUGAAGGUGAUUAUUAUGAUGAUGAUUAUUAUGAAGAUGAUUAUUAUGAAGAUGAAGAAAGUUAUGAACACGAUUUAAAUCAUAAUAAUUAUUUACAUGGUACUCAUGAAUUCGAAGAUGAUUAUGAAGAAGAUGAUUAUGAAGAAGAAAGUUAUGAACAUGAAGAGUACCAUAAUAAUUUCUUACAUGGUGUUCAUGAAUCAGAAUAUCAUUACGAAGAAGACUAUGAAGAUGAACACCAAGAAGAUGAUUAUUACGAAGAAGAUGAUUUCGAACACGAUUUACACCACGGAAAUGGCCUACAUGGUAUUCAUCAAUUAGGAAAUGAUCAUCAUUAUAAAAGAAAAAUGAAACAAAUUGAAGAUGAAGACGAAGAAUCUGGAGAUGAAUUAUAUAACGAUGAAAAAGAAUCAUAUAACGAUGAAGAAGAAUCUGGUGAUGAAUCAUAUAACGAUGAAGAAGAAUCUGGAGAUGAAUCAUAUGAUAAUGAGGAAGAAUCUGGUGAUGAAGAAAAUUAUGAUGAAGAUGAGGAAUCUGGGGGACAACAAAUUGAUGAAGAAGAAUCUGGGGAAGAAGAAAAUGAUGAAGAACAAAGUGGUGAAGAAGAAUCUGAAGAAGAAGAAUUAGAGGAAAAACAAAGUGGUGAAGAAGAAUCUGGUGAUGAAAUAAAUCUCGAAUACGAAGAAUCUGGUGAGCAACGAAAUGAUGAUGAUGCUGAAUCAGGAAAUGAUGAUAUCGAAGAACUUGGUGUUGAACAUUUCGUUGAUGAUGAAGAAUCAGAUGAAGAAAAUAAAGAAGACGACGAACAAUCAGGAGAAGACCAAAUUUCUAAUGACAUAGAAUCUGGAGAAGAACAAAAUGUUGAUGUUGAAGAAACUGAUGGAGAUGGAGAAUCAGGUGAAGAAGAAGGAAACGUAAAUGAAGAAGAUCAAAGUGGUCAUAUGGAAAGAAAUGUUCAAGAUGAAGAAUCGGGAGAAGAAAGAACAGCUGAGGGUGAUGAAUCUGUGGAAGAAGAAAGAGGUGAUGAUGAAGGAUCUGGUGAAGAAAAAAGUAUUGAGGAUGAAACAGAACAAAAUGGAGAGAACAAAGAAAGUGGGGAAGAGAGAAAUGAUAAUAAAGGAUCUGGAGAAGAAAAAAGUAUUGAGGAUGAAACAGAACAAAAUGGCGAAAACAAAGAAAGUGGGGAAGAAAGAAAUGAUAAUGAAGGAUCUGGAGAAGAAAGAAAUGAUAAUGAAGGAUCUGGAGAAGAAAGAAAUGAUAAUGAAUCAUCUGGAGAAGAAAGAAAUGAUAAUGAAUCAUCUGGAGAAGAAGAAAACAACAAAGAAAAUGGAAAUGAAGAACGUGGUGAUGAUGAAUCAAGCCCAGAAAAUGAAGGAGACUCAUCUGGCGAAGAAAGAAGUGCAGAAGAAACUACUACAACAACUGAAGGAUUAACAACCAUUAAAGAAGUUGAAAAUGAAAGUGUAAGAAGUGAUGAUUCAGCAACGGAAUCUGCAACAUCUAAAGAUGAAGUUACAAAUCCUGGGGAAACUACAAUUUCACCCACAACGGUUCCAGCAAGAAGAAAACGUCAAAUUUCGAGUGAAAAUCUUCAAAUUAAGCCAAGAAGAAAACGUGCCAUUUUAAAAAGAAAAUUAGUAAAAAGAGUUAAACGCGGUUUAGACUCAGGUGAUUUAAAAAAGGUAAACAUAAAAAGUUUAAAGAUUACAAAAAGAAGUAUUACAACACAAAAUAACGAUGAGCUUACACAAAAAAAAGAAGAAUUAACAAAAACAACGGUUUGUAUCGAUCAAGAAGACCCACAAAGUAGAAACACAAUUCUAUCAUUAAACGACCCUAAUAAUUUAGACGCAAUAAAGAUUAUUUUGAAUAGUAGAACCGGCGAAAACACGAUUGUAUUUUUAAAGAAGGACGAUCCCAAAACGAAAAGAGAAUUGAUUCAAUUAACCAAAAAAAUACCUUCAUCAAGAGUACCAGCUACGAAUCUCGGGAAUUUAGUCACUUUGAAUUUAAAAGAUUCCGAAAAUACUUUGUAUAGGGUAACUUUAGAUACAUUAAGACCCGAAACUGUUAAAGUUUUAAAAGAAAUUACUUAUUCAGCUCCUAAAACCGCGCCGAAAGCCAUCUUUAACGGCCCAGCUUACGAAAAUUACAUCGUUAGCAUCGAUGGUGACAACGAUCAGGUGGUCCAUACGGUUUUAACGACCGCCAUAAACUCGGAAAUAAUCGUUGGGGAUGUUAAUUCGGGUUAUGGGGUUUUAAUUUAUCCCCCCCAUAUUAUUAACAUGAAUAAUCCGGGGGUUAGGGAGGAGUUGUUGAAAUUGCCGGAUGUGAAAUCGGAAAAUUGUGGGGUUGUAACGGUUACAAUUCCUGAUAAAAACGGAGUUAAACGAGUUAAAAAAAUCGAUAUGGACGAUUUAAGAACUUUGAAUAUUGUGGAACAAUUAAAUGUUUUUACACCAACGAAUUUGGAGGUUUUAGAAAUCCCUAGUGGGAAAUUUGGGUAUCCUUAUUUAAUAGUAAGCGUGGAUGAUGAGCAAGGGAGAUCGAGGUGUGUUAUUUUAGACACGAAUAACGAGAAGAUCGUGGAUGCUUUGAUCCAAUUAGCGGGAUAUUCGAAUCAUCAUAGUAGUUUUCUUAAUCUCCACGAUAGUCAUGGAAAUAAAAAGAAGUUAUAUUUGGAUUUUUCGGAUAAUUUGGUGAAAAAUCGCCUUCAAGAACUCGGAUUGAAGUCGCAACUCCCUCAAACUUUGCUUGCAAAUAUUCCGAGUAAAUAUCCCAAACAACUUUUGAUUCCUAUUAAUAAGAUGAAUUCUCAAACGUUAAUUGUUAAAUGCGAUGUGACUAAAUGGAGUGUGGUUAAUGAGUUGUUGAGAAUCCCGGGGAAAUGUACUAGGAGGACUCCGGGAACUGCUUUUCAUAUUUUAUCGCCUUUGACGAAUAAACCAAUUACGAUUUAUUAUGAUUUGCAAUUUAGUGUUACUAUAAAGAGGUUGAAACAAAUUUGCGGGGCUCUUUUAAUCCAGCCGGAUCCGAAUUCUUUGAUUAUAAUCCAAAUAAAACCUGAGGGGGAAUCAAAAUUGAUCGCGUUGGACCCGAAUCACGGCCCAGUUAUUGGAUUAAUUAAUCGAUUACACCAAAUCAUCGAUAUAAAAUCAAAAGUACAUUUAAUGCAUUUAAUCGGAGAUGACGAAAUCAACGGCGGAUUUAAGUUCAAUUUAAACGACCCCUUAGCAAUGCAAACCAUCAUUAAGGAGCUCCAAUCAGGAUUUUUGAUUUACAUGUCUCCCCCGAUACAAAAAAAUAACCUAUUAAUACUUACAAUUGAAAUUGAAGAUGGGUUAUACGGCCAAUUAAUCUUAGACAUUUCUGAUAAUAACGUAAUUGAAACGCUACAACGAUUAGAUGACCCAGAAAAUCCUGAUGCGAUUCUCGUCGAUUUCAUCGUCGAUGGGAAAUUCGUUGUGGUUCACCUCGAUUUAACCGAUAUAAGAAUAAUCGAAACGAUUGCUGUAAUCACAGCGAAAGAGUUACCCAAAAAUCCUUCCCCACAAAUCGAACCGAGCAAACCAAAAAAUUACCAAGACGAUAAAUACACAAAAAACCCCGAAGAAAUAGAGCAAGAUAGAAAUAUGAUUGAAUUAAACGAAACACCCGACGAAAAUAUCAGCAACACUUGGUUCGACCCUAUCGAUAAAGACGAAUAUCAAUUAAUAAUUUGUUUCGUCGAUAUCCUCGGACACACCGUGAUGUUGCAUUUCAAUUUAAACGAACCGGAAGUCGUUGAAACGCUCUUCGAGGAGGCGGCGAAAUCCGACGUGUUUCACUCGAGGGUUAAAAUAAUAUUAAAAAAUUCUUCGGGCGAAUUAAAAGAAAUUUAUUUAUCCACCAACGAUGAGAAAUCAUUGAAUCGAUUAAAAGACAUCGCGUUUCGCGUCGAAUACAUCCCAGAUCCCGGAUCGUUAAUUCAUAUGCAAUUAACCGAUGAGAAAGUGGGAAUUCGCGAAAUCGUUAUUUUAGAUUUGAUGAAUAAAGAAGUCGUCGAUGAGCUUUUGGAGAUUUCCGCGAAAACUAAAUUGCAAGAAUCGACGCAUCUCUUCACGAUUAAUAAACGCGAUUUCGUUAAAUUAAUUAAACUCAACAUGAAAGAUGAAGAACAAUUAUUAACGGUUAAAAAGUUGAAAUUAAAAACGCCGAGUUUUAUUAGACCGGUGGAGGUUCCAAAUCCAUUUGGGAACGUUCCGUUUAUUUCAUUCACAAUUUUAGACCCAUACAAAGAUAAUUUGCAAAUUAUUUUAGACAUGGGUAAUAACGAAGUUAUAAACACCUUAAAUAAGCUUCACAACACUUCAGCGACGUUUCCUUUAGAAAUUAAAUUCAUCAACGUUCGUCGAGAAAAAGAAAUUUUUAUCUUAGAUAUAAGCCAAUCGGAAGUAACGAAAGCUUUAAACAAAUUAUCGAGUACAAUUCAACUUCCUCGAGAUGCAAUGAAAAACUUCCCGGUUUUAAACGCCGGGUUAUUAACAACUUUAACUUUACCAAUAGAAUCGGAUAAUGGGAGAACCGACACUUAUAUCUUCGACGUGUCCCAACCCGAAGUUUUUAAUAACUUAUUAGAACGCAGUAGGAAAACGCCUAAAAUAAAAUUAGGGGUCUUACUUUACAUUCCGGAUGAAUUAAAAGUAACCGUUGUUAUCAGAUUUGAUUUAGAAGAUAAAGCGAAUCCCGGAUCGAAAAUUGUUGCGACACAAUUAGAUCAUAAAUCAAUCAUAGCAUUUAUGGUAAAAACCUACGAAGAUUUAACAGAAAUAAUCGUUUUAGAUCGAAGUGUAAAAAUCGUUUAUGACACCCUAAUAACAUUAUCGAAAGAAAAAAUCCCACCGCCUUAUUCAUUCUUUAAUUUACACCACUUUGAUGGUUACCCAAUUGAAAUCCGGAUUAAUUUGCAAAAUGAUUCAACCGUUGAGAAAUUAAGAAGUCUUCAAGAAUACACGAGCAAGCCGUUUAAACCUAUCAAGAUUUCAAGCACUUUGGGGAAUAAACCAGUUACGAUUUUAACGAUUCCAACUCAAAAUAAUCCUUUCCAACCCAUCAUUAUUAACAGUAAUGAUGAGGAAUUUAUGGGAGAUCUCAGAAAUUUAUUGGACGAAGUAAUCGAAACGAAUAUUUUAAAUCCCGUUGAAAUUAUCAUCGAAAACCUCGAUAUUGUUUUAACAAAUCGAAAAGUUUUAAAUUAUUUAGAAACAAUUUCCGAAAAUUGCCCCGUUCAACAAACGCCGUUAAUGCAGAUACCCGAUUAUUUAUAUUUAACCGUUAUGGACGUUGAGUUCCAUUUACUUAAGUUGCAACUAGAUUUUAUGGAUCACAUCGUUUUGGAUGGAUUGAUUAAGAUAUCGAAGGAAACACAAACUAAUACGAUGGUGGCCCAAGCGAAUGUUUUAGAUACAAGAACUAAAACCGUUUUCUUAUUUAAAUAUCAACCGGCAAAUCAAAGAAUCGUUCAUCAACUUAUAACUUUAUCGAUUCGAAAUGUUUAUCCUAGCAGAAUUUCAAUCCGACCACCAAAUGGACAUCUUGAAUAUUAUAUUUAUUCAAUCCCUUGGAGAUUAGCCCCAAAAAAUCUUAACGCAACUUUAAAUCCAAACGAUGGAAACGUAAUUUACUCAGCAUUGGAAGCAUCAAAAACCGUUUCGGCAUCAUCAAUACCAAAACUCCACUUCAGAAACAUUAAUCGUCAAAAAAUCCGGAUAAACAUGAACAUGAACUGUUUAGAACCCCUAAGCGCACUAAGCCAAAUUAAAAUCGACCCGAUUAUUGUAAUUCCCGCUUAUGGAAGAGCACCUCUCCUUAGUAUUAUGGUCCAAAGAGAUAUUAAUCAGUACGCAAUCACGAUUAACCCAAACGAUGAACAAACCCUUAGAGAAUUAGAAAGAGUUGGAUCUAACGAUAACACCAACGCUACAACGAUUACUUUUUUUAUUCGAAAACGCGAAAAAAUUCAUGUCUAUUUAGAUUUUAAUGAUGAUAAAGUUUUGGAAAGUUUGCAAAUUUUAACGAAAAGAUCUCCAAUUAAAAUUGUACCAUUCAGACAUCGUUACCCAGUUAUUAAAGCAACCACUCCUGAUAAUGUCGCGUUAAUUUUAGACACUCACAACAAACAUGUAAUUAAUAAGUUGGUGAAGUUAUCGAAAUUUUUUGAUGAUAGUUUAACAGAAAUUGAGCUUAGAGAUAAAAGGGGCGUUGUUAUGCCGGUUUGGAUUCCUUUAAUUCCUGGAGUUAUGAUCCCUAAUGUUGAGGAGGAAGAUGAGAAAGGUGAUUUUCAACCUUGGUUGCAACCAUCUUCAAUUAAUUUAGAUGAAUUUGAUGAGUAUGGAAGUGGUUAUGAUGAUGAUUAUGAUAAAAAUGAUUUUGAUUAUUAUGAUAAUUACAAAGACGGAUUAGAUGAUGUUGAAAUUUUGGAAGAAUAUGAUUUUGAUGAUGAUUAUGAGGAUGUUUAUGAAGAAAAUGAUUAUGAAAAUGAUGAUAAUAAGGUUUAUAUGAAUUUUGAUGAUAAUGAUAACCCACUUUAUGAUGUGAAUGAUUAUAGUUUUAUCAAACAAAAUAGGCGGGGGUUAAAUGGCGAUGAUUUUGUUCCUCCUGAGCUUGAAGAAACUUUUUAUGGGGAUUUAACACAAAAAAGUGUUACUCAAGAAGUUCAGGAACUAACUGAACCUCCAAGGACUAAAGUUUCUAGUAAUUUAAGUAAUUUGUAUUAUAGUGAUAAUAAUCAAAUUAAUAAUAAUUAUCUCCAAUAUCCUUAUUAUCAACAAUAUCCUUAUUAUCAACAAUAUAAUCAAUAUCCUUAUUAUCAACAAUAUAAUCAAUAUCCUUAUUAUCAACAAUAUAAUCAGUAUCCACAAUAUCCUUUUUACCAACAAUAUAAUCAAUAUCCAUAUUAUCAACAAUAUAAUCAAUAUCCUUAUUCACAAAAUCCGGUAUAUAACCUUUAUAAUUCUUAUUAUACGUAUCCAAAUUAUCAAAAUUAUCCAAAUUAUGAUAAUAAGGAACCAGAAAUGUAUGUAAGCUCUGAUUCGAUAUCUAACGACAUUCUUAAAUAUAUUAAAGAUAAAUAUAAAGCAAGUGGUGAUUAUGAAAUUAACAUUUUUGAUGAUGAAAAUAAUGAGGAAAGCGGAAAUGAUUACUUUGAAGAUGAGUAUGAUAACUAUGAAGACGAUUAUGAAGAGUAUGAUAUAGUUUCUUUUGAUUAUGAUGAAGAUGAGGAAAGCGAAAUUGAUGCCUAUGAUGAUGAUGACUACAAGAAAGAUGUUUAUGAUGAUAAUUAUUACGAAGAUGAUCUUAAAAACGAGGUUGAUAACAAUUAUUACGAAGAUGAUGAUGAUUAUUACGAAGAUGAUGAUGAUUAUUACGAAGAUGAUCUUAAAAACGAGGUUGAUAACAAUUAUUACGAAGAUAAUGAUGAUUAUUACGAAGAUGAUGAUGAUUAUUACGAAGAUGAUGAUGAUUAUUACGAAGAUAAUGAUGAUUAUUACGAAGAUGUUGAUGAUUACGACGAAGAUGACGACGACGACUGGUUUAUGAUUGGUGAUUACUCCAAUUUGUUAAAAAAAAGAGAGAUAUCAGAUUCAGACGCAUCAAUUUAUGAUGAUUUUGAUGAUAAUUACGAAUCAAUUGAUGAAGAAAACGAUUAUUAUGAGGCAUUAGCUAGAGACGGUGAAGAUGAAGAAGAAGACUAUGAUUAUGAGUCAUCAGCUAUAGACGAUGAAGAAGAAGAAGACGAUGAUUAUGAGUCAUCAGCUAUAGAAGAUGAAGAAGAAAACGAUGAUGAUGAAGAAUCUGGAGAAGAAAUAGAAAGUGGAUUUGAAUUAGACGAAGAAAUUGAAUCAGAAGAAGAUGUUGAAAGCGGUUUUGAAUCUGGUGAAUCGGAAGAAAUAGACGAUGACGAAGAAUGGAGUGGCAAAAAAAGAGAUGCGGAUGAAGAAGAGAUUGAAAGUGGGUUUGAUUUAGAAGAAGACAUUGAAAAUGAAGCCGAAUCCGGGGAAGAUGUAGAAAGUGGGUUUGAAUCAGAAGAAAUAAUAGAAAGUGGUUUUGAAGAAUUUGAUUCUGGAGAAGAUAACGAAAUUGAUAUCAUUGAAGAAGAAUCUAGCGGUAAAGAAAGAUCAAAUGAAGAAGAUGAAGAAGAAAGCGAAGAUGAAAAUAAAGAAAGAACUGAUCAUGAAGGAUCAAGCGAUGAAGAAAGAUCAAAUAAUGAAGAUGAAAGCGGAGAUGUAAGUAAUGAAAAUAAAGAAAGAAGUGAUGAUGAAGAAUCAAGUGGUAAAAAAAGAUCAAGUGAAGAAGAUGAGGAAGAAAGCGGAGAUGUAAGCAAUGAAAAUAAAGAAAGAACUGAUGAGGAAUCAAGUGGUAAAGAAAGAUCAAAUGAAGAAGGUGAGGAAGAAAGCGGAGAUGUAAGUAAUGAAAAUAAAGAAAGAACUGAUAAUGAAGAAUCAAGUGGUAAAGAAAGAUCAAAUGAAGAAGAUGGCGAAGAAAGCGGAGAUGUAAGUAAUGAAAAUAAAGAAAGAACUGAUAAUGAAGAAUCAAGCGGUGAAGAAAGAUCAAAUGAAAACGAAACAACAGAUAACGUAGAAAGAUCUGAUGAAUCAACCGAAUCAAAUCGAAGUAUUGAAGAAGAAAAAGAAGUUUCCGAAAGAAACAUAGAAGAAUCAACAACUAUCAAAGAUGAUGAAUCAUCCUCAAGCAACGAAAAUGAUUCAUCCUCCGAAAGAAGUAUAUUAGAAACAACAUUAGAAAAUUCAUCCCCACCUCCAACAACAACCUCACCGCCAGAAACAAAGCGACGAAAACGAAGUAGACGCGUAAAAAGAGAUUUGAAUCAAGAUUAUGAAGCUGAGUUUGAGGAGAUGGCCCGAAAACAACGCGACAUCGCCUUGGUCCAAACCGAACUUCACGAUUUAAAAAUGUUUUAUCAAAUAUCCGAGGUUUUCGUGAAUUUCCAAUUGAAUCAGCCGGUUUAUCGGUGUCCGAUUCGCGUUUUACCCCCGCACGGGCAAUAUCCCUUGGUUUUUACCCAUAUAAAAUACACAAACUUACCAAGUAAAAAUCGAAUUCCCCCAUUAACCAUCGAUAUAAAUAAUAUAGAAACGUUAAAAACGUUGAGGAAUAUUUCUGAUAACGUCGAUCUUUCACUACCGUAUUCGUUGAUUGAAAUUCCUGAUACGGAUGGGAAUAUUCUUGGUUUUCGGGUUGAUUUUAACAACGUCCAGGAAUUAGGGGGGUUAAUCGAGCAAUCGAAUAAGGAUAUUUUGGGGUUUGAGCCGCAAGGGAAUGGAUUUCCUGUUGUUAUUAUUAAGUACCCCGAAGGAGAUGUUCGUUUGGAUUUGAAGGAUGAUAAAAUUGUUGAGAUGUUGAGGAAUCUAUCGUCGGAUUCGAUCAAUGCUUAUUGGUUGCAGAUUAAUCACGGAACUGAGUUCGAAAUUUUCCGGAUUGAUUUGAAGAGAGAUGCUCAAAAAAUUAAACACAAUUCGGAAUUAAAUUUGAAAUUACCGCCAGUUACGAGACCUCCACCUCUCCCACCUGGAAUCGUCACCGUUUUUAAAACUCAAACACCACCGAUGGAAGUAAUCACUGAAAGUAUUCCGUACGAAACCGAGUAUUACCAGUCAAUAGAUGAGCACCAUCUCGAAGAGCACUAUCAAGAAUAUAACACCUACGUUUAUGAGAUUGACGAUGAGGAUGGGGAAUUUUUUGAUGAAGAUGAAGAUUACAAAAAAAUUUCUUUGGAAUACACCUACAAAGAAGAUAUUCAAUACAACUAUAAUUAUCAUUACGAAACGAUUUAUUAUCAAUACGACGAAUACGGCCAAUUACAUAAAAUUGAUCCGUCGUCGCAAGAAUUUAAAGUAAUCGAACCCGAACAUGGGCAUAAAGUAUUCGUCCCUAGUUAUUAUUAUUACGACCAAGAAGAAAAUAAUUUUAAUUUGUACCAAGGUCAAUAUUAUAGCGAAGAGGAGUACAGUCAAGAGUAUGGCGAUAACGAAUAUUUGGGAAAUCAAAAUAAAGAUCUAGAAAAAUCUCCAGGCGAAUCAAUUCAACCUCAAAUUGAUGAAUCUGGUGGUGAUUAUGCCGGAUAUGAUUAUCCAGAAAUUAAUAAUCCAAAUAAUAAUAUGAGUUCUAUAACUAUGACUGAUGAAUCUGAUGAUGAUUAUCUUGAUAAUAAUCCAGAAGAUGGAAAAUCUUCGGCUGUUUAUGAUCAUAAUGAAGAUCCACAAAAAGUGUCGAUUGGGGUACCAGAAUCUCUAGAAUCGCAAUCCAAAGUACUUUCGGAAAUUUUGACAAGACCAAAACAACCCGGAAGUAAUGAAUAUGAUCCAGGCGAAUCAAUUCAACCUCAAAUUGAUUAUCCUGAUGCCGAAUAUGAUUAUCUAGAGUAUCCAAUUGGUCCAGAAAUUAAUAAUCCAAAUAAUAAUAUGGGUUCUAUAACUACGGCUGAAGAAUCUGAUGAUGAUUAUCUUGAUAAUAAUCCAGAAGAUGGAAAAUCUUCGGCUGUUUAUGAUCAUAAUGAAGAUCCACAAAAAGUAUCGAUUGGUGUACCAGAAUCUCUAGAAUCGCAAUCGAAAGUACUUUCGGAAAUUUUGACAAGACCAAAACAACCUGGAAGUAAUGAAUAUGAUCCAGGCGAAUCAAUUCAACCUCAAAUUAAUUAUCCUGAUGCCGGAUAUGAUUAUCCAGAAAUUAAUAAUCCAAAUAAUAAUAUGGGUUCUAUAACUAUGACUGAAGAAUCUGAUGAUUAUCUUGAUAAUAAUGAAGAUAGUUAUCCGCAAGAUCUAAAUAAUUACUCUGAUGAUGAAAAUAUCAAUCCCAAUGAAUCAAUUGAUCCUGAAAUUAAUUAUCCAAAUGGUAUAAUAAAUAAUGGUGAUGAAUCUGAUGAUGAUUAUCUUAAUAAUAAUGAAAAUGGUUAUCCACAAGAUCUAAAUAAUUAUUCUGAUGGAGGAAAUAUUGAUGCAGAUGAUGAAAAUAUUAAUCCUGAAGAUCCAAUGAAUCCUCAAAUUGAUUAUCCAGAUGAUAAUGUUGGUGUCAUAAAUAAUGGUGAUGAAUCUGAUGAUGAUUAUCUUAAUAAUAAUGAAGACGGUUAUCCACAAGAUCUAAAUAAUUAUUCUGAUGGAGGAAAUAUUGAUGCUGAUGAUGAAAAUAUUAAUCCUGAGGAUCCAAUUAAUCCUCAAAUUAAUUAUCCAGAUGAUAAUGUUGGUGUCAUAAGUAAUGGUGAUGAAUCUGAUGAUGAUUAUCUUAAUAAUAAUGAAGAUGGUUAUCCACAAGAUCUAAAUAAUUAUUCUGAUGGAGGAAAUAUUGAUUCUGAUGAGUCAAUUGAUCCUCAAAGUAAUUAUCCAGAUGAUAAUACGAGUAUAAUAAAUAAUGGUGAUGAAUUUGAUGAUGAUUAUCUUAAUAAUAAUGAACAUGCUUAUCCACAAGAUCUUAAUAAUUACCCAGAUAAUGAAAAUAUUAAUGUGGAUGACCAAAUUGAUCCUCAAAUUAAUUACCCAGAUGAUAACAUGAAUUCAAUAUCUAUGACUGAAGAAUCUGAUUAUGAUUAUCUAAAUAAUAUUAAAGAUGAUUAUCCACAAGGUCUAAAUAAUUACCCUGAUGCUGAAAAUAUUAAUCCUGAUGAGUCAAUUGAUCUUCAAAGUAAUUAUCCAGAUGAUAAUACGAGUAUAUCUGAUGAUUAUCAUAAUAAUAAUAAUCCAGGUGAUGAAAAUAUUAAUCCUGAAGAUUUAAGUGAUCCUGAAAUGAAUUAUGUGAAUACAAUAAAUGAAAAUAAUAAAAAUGAUUACCCACAAGAAAAUAACGACUACAAUAAUGAUCAAAAUCAACAACAAACAUUAUCUGGUUCUCCAGAAUCCCAUCAAUCUCACUCAAACAUAUUAUCAAAAGCUGUAACAAAACCAGAUGAAUUGAUUAAUCAAGAAGAUAACAACGAAAUCGACCCAGAAUACAAAGAACAAUAUCUCGAUCCAAUUCCCACCGAAGAUUACGAUAAAACAUUCAACGAAAAUGACGAUUACUCUCCAACGGAAAACUACCACGAAUACAAUCAACUUUCAUCGGAUCAAAUUUCUCAAAAUCAAAAACCAGGUAUUAAUGAAGAUUAUCUCUAUGAUGCGCAAAGUCUUAACGUUGCUCCGAGUCCGUGGAAAUCUAAAACGAAAAUGGAUAUAAGAAAACCGGAUGGUGGUGAUGGCGAUAAGUAUUUGGAAAGUGUGGAGGUUAAUGAGAAAGAAUAUGAUGAUGAUUCGAAUGGGGAUGAAUACGAUGAUGAUUUGCACGAAGAAGAUGCUAAUGAAAACGAUCUUGAUUAUGAAAGUUAUGAUAACAAAGAUGAACGAGAUGGCGAUUAUUUUAUUCAACAAGAUGAGAGAACACAAAGUCAUGAAUAUGAGACAUAUGAUAAACCACAACCUCCUCCAGUAGAAAUGGUUACUGGGCCAACUUUUGAAUAUCGUUCAGUUGUACCACAAAUUCCCGAGGAUAAUCCUCGUCCAGAAAACACCUACAAUCCAUUUUACUCUUCAUUCGAAUAUAAAGGAGCCGAUGAAGUAAAAUACAACAUAACAAUCGACACCAACAACCAAGAACUUAUGAUAAUGUUAAAAGCUUUCAGUGAAGAAAGCACCGAAAGUUUAGACACAACAAGUCCCGCGAUAUCCAUAGCUAAUCUCGUUUUAGAACAAGGCAUGGAAAUUCCAUUAUCAUUCAAUACUUGGGAUCCAAGAACUUUAGACGUUCUUAUUGACGCCACCGUUAAAUCGACGGGGAGAUACCCGAAUUCAGAUAAAGUUGUUGCUGUUAAAACAAUGUUCCAUUUUAGCUUUACAGAUAAAUACGGAAGGCGUCAUUCAUAUUCGAUUGAUACGAGUAAUAAGGAUGUUAUAUUUAAAUUAAAAGAGUUAGAAAAACGUAGUAAAAAUGGACCAAAUGCUAAUAAUUUAUUUGUGGUUAGUAUACCACUUCCAAGUGGGGAUUUUUAUUCUUUAGGAUUGGAUUUAAACAAUCCAAUAACAGCGAUGAAUAUGGAAAAAUUAUCGGAAGAAUCAUCAACGGGGCAAAAAAUAUAUUUAAUUGAUGAUGUUAAAACCGAAAUAACUAGAAGUAAUAAUUAUUAUUAAAAAUAAAAUGAUUUUAAUUUAUUUAUUUAAUCAAUUAUUAAACUACAA